AUGGCUGAAAUUGCUCUGCAAGAGCCAGCCAUCGCGGUGGCCGAGCCCGUCCACGCACAAGGCCAGGACAAGCCCCCAAGCGAUGUCUCGGCUCUUGAACUGCUCUGUAAAGCGUUGGGCAUGGAUCUGCACGCAAAGAACCCGCUAGAGGCGCCUGAUGUCGACUUCUUACAGCAUAUGGCUAGACUCCCUGUGGACUUUACUGCUGUCCCCAAUGGCGCUGACGUGGAAAACAUGCGGAAGUGGAUAGAUAGCACGUUGCUGCACGGGCCGCUCGCUGAGGCUCGACUACAAUGUGAUCUCAAAUGUCAACAGCCACCAGUUCCGAUCGACAUACGCAACAUCUCUGUGCCAUGUUCCGAUGGCAGUGGACACAAGUUCGGGAUUCGCAUGUAUGUCCCGAGGAUUGCAAGAAACGAGGGAGAAGCGCAAGGAAUGCCUGCCAUCCUGAUGUUACAUGGAGGAGGUUGGAUCCAUGGGAAGCCGGAAGGCGACGAAGCCUUUUCGAUUCAUCUGGCAUCAGAACUGCGAGCAGUGGUGCUUGGUGUCGACUACCGGCUGGCCCCUGAGCAUCCGUAUCCCGCUGCUCUUGAUGACUGUUGUGAGGCAUUGGAAUGGGUGACCAGGCAUGCUUCAGAAUACAAUAUUGAUGCAAGCAGGAUAGGCAUUUGGGGUGCAUCUGCGGGAGGGAAUCUUGCGGCGGCUCUUGCAAUACGGCUGUCACAAGCAGCGUCAUCCGAGAGGUGUCGAAGUCUUCGGCUAGUCAGCCUCGUCGUCCCUGUAACUGCGCAUCCGAAAGCGCAACUUACGUUCGAGCGCGACCGCACAAUUGGAAAGAGUCAGAAUGGACUGUCUUUCGAUGAUUCUCAACGUGCCCCAGACGCCGUUGUCAAGGAUUUCGAGAAAUUAUACGAACUGUACACAGGCGGUCGGACUGAUCCCUGCGACCCUCUCCUGUCCCCCCUAAUGGCAAAGCUUGACGCCAGUCAUCCGCCCACACAUGUGACCGUUGCUGCAUGCGAUCUUUUGAAGUUCCAGGGCUUGGCAUAUGCGCAACAUCUCCGGUCAGCUGGGGUCAAGGUCGUUGAGGAGGUCCUGCCUGGUGUCCCUCAUGGUUUCACCUUUCCUGUCAAUGCCGAGGUGACGAAGUCCUGGUUAGCCAGGCAGGUGGAUGCGUUUGGUGCAGCGUUCGCGGGCAAGCCUUCUUGA